AGCCAUUCCAGCUUUGGGGCGACUGCCUUGCACUGCUUGGCCUUUCAGCUUGUCACCCAUCAAGAUGCAGAAGCAGGAGACGUUCCGCUACACCAGCCUUUGCCGCUUUUACAUGGCAGGGCGCUGCGAGCGUGGGGAAGAGUGCCACUUUGCGCAUGAUGAGUCGCAACUCCGCGAGAAGCCGAACCUUUACCGGACACGUAUUUGUCGAAGCUUAGCGAAGUCGGGCAAGUGCAAGGAAGGGCCUGGCUGCAGGUUCGCUCACAGUCAAGAGGAGAUGCGUGAUUACAAUUCAGGAAUGAGCGCAUCGGAGUCAGUGGAGGGAGACACCUGGGCGCGCACUGAGAGCUCCUGGUCUCAGGAUGAGAGCGACAUGAAAAACUCCUACGUCCCUGUUCCGUGGGUCGAUCAAGGCAUGAACUACUGCGGAAUGUGGCCGGGCUAUGGCUUCCAGGUUGUGGGCUGGAUGCCUUCCGGCGAGAUGGCCUGGAUGCCUUGCCAAUGGGAGGGCCAGGCAGAUGAGACCGAGCAGAAGGACGACGCAGAGUCGCCCAAGUCCAAUGAUAGAGAGGCUGAGGACGACUCGCCCAAGUCCCCGACCAUUGAGGGUGCUGCGCUUGGAGAUGGCGUCCGCCGGGCCACCCUCAGUUCCCGAGUUCACGGAGGCACCUCAGGUGUUCUUCAGUGGGACCCGAUUGCUAUCAGCAAAUCAGAAGGUGAUUCUGCUCUUUGCGAGUUGAGCUGGGACCCACUGGGCCUUGGCAUGACCUGUACAACAACUGAAGGAGGUGGUGGUUGUCUUGAUCCCAGCGUGGUCCUUCUUGCUGCGAGGACUCUUGACAAGAAGACCACAUCAGACUGUGUCAAGCGUGCAAGUUUCUACUCGCUCCCAUCCACGGCUUUCUCUGAGACUGCCACCACGGAUAAGGAUGACGAGGCCGACUCCGUCUUUGAGGCCUGGGCAGUGACCGAGGCCCUCGGCAGCCCCGAUGACAUCCUCAUGCACAAGGGCGUGCACUAUGAGAUGAGUGUGCGCAACACGUUCAUCAGUUUUGGAGUUGCUGGUACAGCCAAGAGGAUGCUACAGCGAUCCCUCUCGGAGCCCAGCCUGAAUGAACGUGAGGAUUGAAAGGGUCCCAGGCUGCAGUUCCCAGAUGCUGAAUGGCCUUAGUUUUUUCCCCUUGUGAACGACUACCUUUUUUGGAUACAGAAAUAAGAUGA